AAACAACCUGUCAAAUGUCUCGGGGUAAAGCGUCAAAACUCAUUUUUAAUUAUUAUUUUUUAACGAUUUUUUGCUAAAUACACGUCUAAAUCGUAUUAGAAAUGACGGAGGAACGUUUACAUAUCGAUUGGGGUAACGAUAAAUUGUAUCGGACUCAAAGGCAAGUUGAGAAAAACGCGUACGAUUUGGAGUCGUGGUCUAUUUUGCUUCGAGAGGCGCAGAGUAAACACAUUUCGGAGGUUAGGGCACUUUACGAGCAUUUAAUAUCGAUUUUUCCGAGUGCUUCGAGGUAUUGGAGGAUUUACAUUGAGCAUGAGAUAAAAUCGAGGAAUUUUGAGAGGGUCGAAAAGCUCUUUCAAAGGUGUCUUAUGAAGAUACUGAACAUAGAGCUAUGGAAGCUGUACUUAUCCUAUGUUAAGGAAACGAAAGCCGCUUUGCCCACUUACAAAGAGAAGAUGGCCCAAGCUUAUGAUUUCGCCCUGGAUAAGAUUGGGAUGGACAUCCAUUCGUACACGAUUUGGAACGAUUAUGUUAACUUUUUAAAGAGUGUUGAAGCUGCUGGGAGUUAUGCAGAGAACCAAAAAAUUUCUGCUGUAAGAAAAGUCUAUCAAAGAGGGGUGAUUAACCCAAUGGUGGGGAUGGAAACUUUUUGGAAAGACUACAUCGCUUUUGAACAAGCUAUAAACCCAAUAAUAGCCGAGAAAAUGUCGAUAGAACGUAGUCGAGAUUACAUGAACGCUCGUCGCGUUGCCAAAGAACUCGAGGUCCAAAUCAGAGGGAUUAACCGUAACGCCCCAAGCAUACCCCCAUGCGGGACAUCCGACGAACUAAAACAAGUCGAGUUAUGGCAAAAAUACAUCGCUUGGGAACGCGGGAACCCCCUCCGCACCGAAGACACCGCCUUAUUAACUCGUCGCGUUGUUUUCGCAUUAGAACAAUGCCUUCUAUGCUUAGGCCAUCACCCGGACGUUUGGUACCAAGCCGCCCAAUUCUUAGAAUACAGCUGCAAAGUUUUACAAGAAAAAGGCGACGUGAACGCGUCAAAACUUUUCAGCGAAGAAGCCGCAAACAUGUUCGAACGCGCCACCGGAUCGUUAUUAAGCAAAAACAUGUUGUUGUAUUUCGCUUACGCCGAUUACGAAGAGGGCCGAUUAAAAUACGAUAAAGUACACCAGAUUUACCAGAAAUAUUUGGACAUUACAGAUAUUGACCCAACAUUAGCUUACGUACAAUACAUGAAAUUCGCGCGGAGAGCCGAAGGGAUUAAAUCGGCCCGAAACGUUUUUAAGCGAGCCCGAGAAGACCCACGAUCACUUUAUCACAUCUUCGUUUGCGCCGCUUUGAUGGAAUAUUAUUGUAGUAAAGACAAAAACAUUGCUUUUCGUAUUUUCGAGUUGGGGUUAAAAAAAUUUAGCGAUAAUCCCGAUUAUAUCACUUGCUAUAUCGAUUAUUUAUCGCAUUUGAAUGAGGAUAAUAACACGAGGGUUUUAUUCGAGAGGGUUUUAUCGUCGGGGAGUUUAGAGCCGGAAAAAUCGGUUGAUAUUUGGAACCGUUUCCUUGAAUUUGAGAGUAAUAUUGGAGAUUUGCAAAGUAUUGUAAAGGUGGAAAAGCGUCGUUCGGAGGUUCUUUCGAAAAUUAAAGAGUUCGAGGGGAAAGAAACGGCUCAAUUGGUGGAUCGGUAUCGCUUUUUGGAUUUGUACCCGUGUUCCCCUGCUGAAUUAAAAAGUAUUGGAUACACUGAAGUGAUUACAAUAACUGGGGCUGGAAAACAUAACACUUUCCAAGCGAUGAUUAAUUGUGGGGAAGAUGAUUCGGUUUUACCCCGUCCUGAUAUCGCACAAAUGAUUCCUUAUAAACCUAAAUCGAACCCAGCACCAGGGGAACACCCGGUUCCUGGUGGGACUUUUCCACACCCCCCAGCGGUGGCUCAUUUAUGCACUUUAUUACCACCCCCGAGUUGUUUUUGUGGCCCCUUUGUUAACAUCGAGCAAUUAAUGGAUAUUUUUAACCGAAUACAAUUGCCUGAUAAUGUCCCCCCACCGUCGGAAAAUGGGGCGGAUGUGAGACUUUUCGAUCUUGCGAAAUCCGUGCAUUGGAUCGUGGAGGAAGGCGGGGGAAUUGGGAUUAAGAAGCGGAAGAGAUUCGGGGUUGCACUUGAUGGAUCCGACGAUGAAGAGAUGCCUUUACCCCCGAGUAACGAUAUUUAUAGGCAGAGACAACAAAAACGAGUUAAAUAAAAAUUAAUAAUUAAGUUUAAUAAUUAAUUAAGUAUUUUUUUUCGGUUAUUCGAAAGAUGUGAAGUUGCAUUUAUGUAUUUUGAGUGUUUAAACAAUAAAGAUUUUUUUAAAAUUAAA